AUGUUCAUCGUGAACUGGUUCUUCGAUGUGCUGGGCUACCUAGGGCUGGGGAACAAGAACGCGAAGAUCCUGUUCCUAGGACUUGACAACGCCGGGAAAACAACCCUCCUCCACAUGCUGAAGGAUGAUCGGAUCGCCACGCACGUCCCGACUCUGCAUCCGCACUCCGAGGAGCUAAUGAUCAAGAAUAUCCGCUUCCGCACAUACGAUCUGGGCGGCCACGAAACAGCAAGGCGUAUUUGGAAGGACUACUUUGCUACGGUGGAUGGCAUUGUCUUCCUCGUCGAUGCUGCAGACCGUACUCGUUUCCAGGAGGCCAACGAGGAGCUGAACGGGUUGCUCAACGAGCAGGCAUUGGCCAGCGUUCCCUUCGUCGUGCUGGGCAACAAGAUCGACAUCCCCACAGCCGCCUCCGAGGAUGAGCUCAGAAACUCCCUGGGGCUGUUCAGCCACAUGACCUACGGUCGGGACGCCAAAAAGGGCGACAGCAGUGUUCGCCCUGUGGAGCUUUUCAUGGUCAGCGUUGUGAAGCGUAUGGGCUACGCCGAGGCUUUCCAGUGGCUCUCGCAGUUCCUGAAGUGA